GGAAUGGGUCUAUUUUUAUGCUACACGCUGCUGACGCUCGCGGUCACUUUCACUGGAAACGCAUACGGGGGCAACCUGGUGAAACGGAGUCUCAAAAACACAGUUCCCUGCUUUGAGGAUGGGCGGUUUUACAGAAAUCCCGACCGACCCGAGCCGAAAAUGUGGACCAAUGCGGAGUGUGCCAAGUACUAUCUCUGCCUAGACGGGGAAGUGUUCGAGUUCAAAUGUUCCGUUGGGCUGCUGUUCGAUGUUUCCCGCCAAAUUUGCGACUUUAAGCAAAACGUUGAUAACUGUGACGUCACCGCAGAGGCUCGUGUCCCGAAACCAUUGCUGGAAAAUGCAAAAUGUGAAGAAAGGUCGCAGCUCGGAUGCGGUGACGGAACCUGCCUACCGAACGAAUAUUUCUGUGACGGAUCGGUCGACUGUGAGGAUGGUUCGGAUGAGGGUUGGUGCGAUGUGGAGAACGAUCCCAAUGCGGCCGAUCCCUGUGAUCUGUCCGUGUGUGAGCUGCCGGACUGUUUCUGCUCGAAGGAUGGCACCAUUAUCCCGGGACGGUUGGAACGUUACCACACGCCCCAGAUGAUACUGCUCACGUUCGACGAUGCGAUCAAUUUUGAAAACUGGGAACUGUACACGGAGAAAAUCUUCACACCCGCGCGCAAAAACCCGAACGGAUGUCCGGUUCGGGCGACGUUUUUCAUAUCGCACCAGUACACGAACUAUGCCCAGGUGCAACGGAUGUGGAACGAUGGGCACGAGAUAGCGGUGCACUCGAUCACACACCGUGGACCGGAAGAGUGGUGGUCGCGCAAUGCCACAAUCGAGGACUGGUUCGACGAGAUGGUUGGACAGGCAAACAUUAUCAAUCGCUUCUCGAACGUACGCAUGGAGGAGUUGCGUGGGAUGCGCGUACCGUUUUUGCGCGUCGGGUGGAAUCGACAGUUUCUCAUGAUGAAGGAGUUUGGCUUCGUCUACGAUUCAUCGAUGGUAGCACCGUUCUCAAACCCACCGCUGUGGCCGUACACGCUCGACUACAAGAUGCCGCACGCGUGCAACGGCAACAAUCAGUACUGUCCAUCUCGAAGUUAUCCGGGAAUUUGGGAGCUGGUGAUGAAUCAGCUGGAGGCGGGCGAGUAUACGUGCGGCAUGGUGGACACGUGCCCGCCGCACAUGAACGGGGAGGACGUGUAUCGUAUGUUUGUGCACAACUUUAAGCGUCACUAUCACUCUAACCGAGCACCGUUAGGACUGUACUUUCACUCUACGUGGUUCCGCAAACAGGAGUAUCUGGAUGCUUUCCUGAGAUUCCUCGACGAUAUGGCCAAGUAUCCGGAUGUGUACUUCGUCACAAACUAUCAGGCGAUCGAGUGGAUGCGAAAUCCGACAACCUCGAACCAGCUCGGUCACUUCGAGCCAUGGCAGUGCCGGCCGAAACAGCUCGAUCCACAGGAACAUGCCUGCAAUCUCCCACGUACUUGCAAGCUGCACAGCCGCGUCCUUCAGCAGGACCGCUAUCUUUCCACCUGCAACGAGUGUCCGGCGCAGUACCCUUGGAUACGGAACGAGUUCGGAUUGGACUAA